AUGAGCGCCAUUAAUGCUCCGCACCGGGAGGGUUCCUCCACCGGCAAGGGCAGAGCCCCCGACUACGAUGAGAACGACCACCGCACCGAGACCACGACUAACGGUGGUAGUCUCGGCCAGGGCGGCUUCAAGCCCCACGGAGAGAUGACGGUCAAGCCCCCCACCAAGGAGGACCUCCAGCGUAGCUACGCCAAAGUCGUCGAAGAAGAUGCUAACCCCAAGGGCUGGUACGGAACCAUGAUCAAUGCUUUCGGCGCCUGCAUUGGUACCAUGGGAGCCAUUCCCUGCUGCGUCGUCUGCCCGAACCCCUACAAGAACGUGAACCAGGGUAACGUCGGCCUUGUCACCAAGUUCGGCAAGUUCUACAAGGCCGUCGAUCCCGGCCUGGUCAAGGUCAACCCUCUCAGCGAGAAGCUCAUCCAGGUCGACGUCAAGAUCCAGAUGGCCGAGGUUCCCCAGCAGACCUGCAUGACCAAGGACAACGUCACCCUUCACCUCACCUCGGUCAUCUACUACCACAUCGUCGCUCCCCACCGCGCCGCCUUCGGAAUCUCCAACGUGCGCCAGGCCCUCAUGGAGCGCACUCAGACCACCCUUCGCCACGUCGUCGGUGCUCGCAUCCUUCAGGAUGUCAUCGAGCGCAGGGAGGAGAUCGCCCAGUCCAUCGGCGAGAUCAUCGAGGACGUUGCCGCUGGAUGGGGUGUCCAGGUCGAGAGCAUGCUCAUCAAGGACAUCAUCUUCAGCCAGGAGUUGCAGGAGUCGCUCUCCAUGGCCGCCCAGAGCAAGCGUAUUGGUGAGAGCAAGAUCAUUGCUGCAAAGGCUGAGGUCGAAUCCGCCAAGCUCAUGCGCCAGGCUGCCGACAUCUUGUCGUCUGCCCCGGCCAUGCAAAUCCGCUACCUUGAGGCGAUGCAGGCCAUGGCCAAGUCGUCCAACAGCAAGGUCAUCUUCCUGCCGGGCCCCGGCCAGACCAUGCCCAACAUCCAGCAGUCGCUCAGCACCAACCAGUCGGGCGAGUCGUCGACCGGCGCCAACAAUGGCGCUGCGGACUUCAAUGACUUUGGAGGUCAGAAUUCCGGUUUCCAACAAGCCAUCAACUCUCGCAUCAUCGAGAACAUUUGA